UAAAUAACUAUCAAAUGUAUUUCAAAUUCACUCUCUUAGUUUUCUCCGUCUCUCUCCCACACACGCGCACUACCCAAAGGCUUAGGCUUUCUCUCGCUCUAGAGACUCUCUAAUGGCAGCCUCCACAGGUUCUUUCAUCUCCAUGCAAUCUCGUCCUGGAAUGGCUGCAUCCAGGAUCUCCGGUUUGAAGCCAGUUUCACUUUCAAAUCAGGGAAGAAACACCCUGUCUUUUGGGUUGCGGUCUAUGCCAGCUCGCCGCCUUCGGGUUUCAUGCGCUCAGGCAAAACCUGAAACAAUUGAUAAGGUGUGUGAAAUAGUGAAGAAACAGUUGGCAUUAUCAGAUGAGAUCCCUGUUACUGGGGAAUCAAAGUUUACAACACUUGGAGCAGAUUCUCUUGAUACGGUUGAGAUUGUGAUGGGACUUGAGGAGGCAUUUGGUAUCAGCGUCGAAGAGGAGAGUGCCCAAAGCAUCGCAACAGUUCAGGAUGCUGCUGAUCUUAUUGAGAAGCUCGUUGAGAAGAAAGAUUAGAAGAACCUGGAGAUCAUUUUUAGCCUGCACGCAUGUUUCUUGUUAGUCUAUUAUAGAUGGAAUGCUUGGCAACCUUGUUGCGAACCCAUUGUGUUAUUUGGUUUCAUCUAGAAAAACUCAUAAAGUUUCUAAGUUGUGAACUUGUUUUUUUAUACACUUCGCAUUUCUUGCUUAAUGCAUCAAGUUUUUUACAUGAUA